CUCUCUCUCUACCAGAUAGAGUUUCCCGCUCUAGGGCAUAUGUCUGAUUCAAUCUGAAAUUGAAACUCAUGAGUCACUCCAAUCUCGUAACUCCAACGCUAUCGCUCACCGUAACCCUAAUCCCCAAACACCCAAUUCGUCAACUCUCUGCCCCAAUUCCUAACCGGAACUUCACAAACCCUAGGCUUCUCUUCCCGCUCAGGCUUAAUGAGACUCCUUCCUGUCACGCCGCGAAAAGGGUCUUCGUUGUUAGAGCCAAAGCCGACGGAGAUGGUAAAACCGGUAACUGGGUCAACAGGUUACCGAUUCCAGGACUCGGAGCUGAAAAUGUCUUCAGAUUGAUUUCGAGCGCGACGGGUAGCCCCAUUGGCCAGUUCAUAUCGUCCCCUGUUACAUUUCUCCAUUCGGUGGAUCCUAGGAUCAAAUUGGUGUGGUUAUUAACUCUAGUAGUUCUACCAGCAAGAGCAAAUAUAGUUGUGCGUUUGGGACUUGUUGUAUGUACAGCUCUUUUGUCAAUCCUUGUUCUCCCAAGACAAGUAUGGAUGGAUCAAUUGGCGAGAGUUUCACUUCUUUCGGGAAUCCUAUUCAUAACCUUGGGGCUAGGUUCAGAUGGUGCACCCCCAAUGCUUCAGUCAAGAACCCCACCAUCUUCAGUCACAGGCUUGCCUAAUCUUCCCAUGUCUUUAAGCGGUUAUUCGUACAUGUUACUGAAGCUUGGACCUUUGCAAUUCACAAGGAAAGGUUUAUCUGUUGGAAGCACAGCCGCAUGCUUAACCUUUAUAAUCUUUCAAAGUGCUAGUAUUUGCCUUGCAACCACAACACCUGAGCAACUUGCGCUAGCUCUACGUUGGUUCUUGUUCCCAUUGACAUAUAUUGGUGUUCCAGUAGGUGAAAUCAUCCUCACACUCCUGCUUUCACUGAGAUUCAUCAAUUUGGUUUUCGAUGAGGUCCGAAGUGUUUCGUUGGGAAUUGUAUCUCGAAGAGUAAACUGGCAGCAGCUUACUGUUCUGGAGACACUUGAUAUUUUCGCAUCGUUCAUACGCCGCAUCUUCAAGAAUAUAUUUCGCCAUGCCGAGCAAAUAUCACAGGCCAUGAUCGUUAGAGGCUUCAGAGGAGAGAGCAGUAGCCACAAGAUCUACUUCUUCUCGGGAUCAUCAAAUAAAUUUGCAGAUUUUGCAUCAGUCUUGUGUUUAAUCGGUGUAAUCUCAACCGCGCUCCUGUCCGAAUACUUUCUUGUCUAAUAUUGUCAUUGAUUGUUUCAAUCUAAUCCUUCUUUUACACA